AUGGCUGUGACCAUGGUUGCACUGCAGGCUUUCGUGCCGGCUCCCCGCGCCGAGUCCCCAUCUCUCCGCGGCCUGGCAGCGGCCGCCGGCAUCGCCGCCGCACCGGGCGUGGCCUCCGCGGCUGACGAGUACUUGAACUACAACAUGACAGGUGAGUUCACACCUUUCAUGGUUAUUGGGUAUUUUGGCCUCACAACCUUCCUCACCGCCUUUGCAUUUGGCUCCUACCUCGUCUUGACCAAGCUGAAGAUCAUCUAA